AUCAUUUGUUGUUGGGGGAGCCUGGGAUGGGUCUGGUAGGUGGACAUCAUGCUGGGAGGGAGUUUGACGUUGGGAGGGAGGGCCACUCGCGGCUGGCCGGUCCCCAGCGAGGGCGCGCCGCCGUGAGCAGGCACCGGGUACCCGCCACCUCCGAAACUCGCGACGGAGGCUUGACGGUGGGAGUCGCGGUCGAACCCGCUUCCCGUCCCGUAGUCGCUACGCGCCGAGGAGAAGGUGGACGGUUGUAGAGGGCCGUCGGAAUUGCGGAGGCGGCCGUGAUCCUGAGCCAUACAGUUGAACCUCUGGGAAAUGAUGGGGGAGAGGGGGGAACCGUAAACGGAGCUCCACGCCGUUUUCAGCGCUCACUACCGAGGGUGACCUGAUCUCGAGGAAGAAGCGAGACAGGUCCGGAGAGUAGCGGGGGAAAGAUAUCAGAGCCAAGGGUUUUCCCCUAUCUGCGCAUGCGCGUGUCGAAUAACAACGUGCGCAGGAACCUCGCCCAAUCCCUUUCUUCUCUCACGGGACCCAGGACCGAGCCCAGGACGGUAGCUAGCUGUGACAGAUGGCAGAGGAGACUCACUCGGCUCUGGUGAACUUUCUCUCGGACCCGGCCACGCUGGUCGGGCUGGGUGUGGUGGCUGCGGGAACGGCUUACUAUCUCUCCUCGCGGACCACUCCCUUCUCGCCCCCCGUACCUCUGGGGAACCAGACAUCCGAGGUCCCUAAUGUCUUUUCCUCGGAGGGUGGUGAGCGUGCAAGAAAGUCGCCGUUCCAGAAGACGGACGACCUGAUGACUUCCUUCUACGAGGAUGCCAAGACCCUCUACCAGAGCUUCCAGAGGGGCAAGAGGGAGUCCAAGAACGGCCCUUGCUUGGGAUGGAGGGUCGGACCAGACCAUCCUUAUCAGUGGCUCUCCUAUCAAGAGUUUGGGGCCGGACUGGUUCAACUUGGAGUCGAGACUGGUCAGGACUCGUUUGUCGGGAUUUACGCUCGAAACUCACCAGAGUGGGUGGUGACCGAGCAGUCGUGCAACUACUAUUCCCGAGUUCUGGUACCACUGUAUGACACCCUGGGAGCUGAGGCUGUGGCUUACAUCAUCAACCAAACCUGUAUGUCGGUGGUGGUGUGCGAGGCGUCAAAACUGCUCCCUCUCAUCAAGCACAGCGGAAACUGUCCCUCCCUUCGUCUCAUCAUCACGAUGGCCAACUCGAUCUCCUCGGAGGAGAGGGAUGCUGCCCAGCAGGCCGGCCUUGUCCUGCACACCAUGGCUGACGUCAAGGUAAUGGGGAGAGAGACACCAGUGGAACUCAUGCCUGCUGCAGUAGAAUCGUUGGCCACCAUCUGUUACACCAGUGGAACCACUGGGAAUCCAAAGGGAGUCAUUCUGACCAAUGAGAACAUGGUCGCCGACGCCUCCGGAGUCCUCGCCUUAGUGGAGUCCAGUAUCACGAUUGGACCGGAAGAUGUCCAUAUAUCCUAUCUACCUCUGGCUCACAUGAUGGAGAGAUUGGUGGAGCUGUUUCUGUUCAUGAAUGGAGCCAGAGUCGGGUUCUUCAGAGGUGAUGUGAAGGAGCUGGUGAACGACAUUCAGGCUCUGAAACCAACCUUCUUUGUCUCCGUCCCUCGCCUCCUCAAUAGGGUCUACGACAAGGUCAUUGCUGGAGUGUCAGCGUCGCCAAUAAAGAAGUGGCUCUUUCAGAAAGCCAUGGCGUCCAAAAGGAGAGAAAUUGAAAGAGGUGUCAUAAGGAGAGAUUCGAUGUGGGACUGGAUCGUGUUCAGCAAGAUCCAAAACACGCUGGGUGGGCGUGUCCGAAUCAUUGUGACUGGCUCCGCCCCCAUCAGUGCUAAAGUCAUGGAUUUCCUCCGCUGUGCUUUCGGCUGUCUGGUUCUGGAGGGAUAUGGGCAGACAGAGUGUGCUGCCGCGGCAUCGGGCACUGUACCCGGCGAUAUCAGAGGAGGCCACGUGGGGGUGCCCCUGCCGUGUAACAUCAUCAAGUUGGUCGACGUGGCGGAGAUGGACUACUUCGCUGAGAACGGAGAGGGCGAGAUAUGUUUCAAAGGACCAAAUGUAUUCAAAGGUUACUACAAGGAUGAGGAGAAGACCAAGGAGGCCCUGGACUCGGAUGGAUGGCUCCACUCGGGAGACAUCGGUCGCUGGGAGCCAAACGGGACUCUCAGGAUUGUGGACAGGAAGAAACACAUCUUCAAGUUGGCACAGGGGGAGUACAUCGCUCCAGAGAAGAUUGAGAACAUGUACAUCACCAGCAAGUAUGUGGCACAGACGUACGUCUAUGGAGACAGUCUGAAGGCGGCUCUGGUUGCCAUCGUGGUGCCCGAUGAAGAGGUUGUCUUGAAGUGGGCCAAAGACAACCGGAAGACUGAGACUUUUGAGGAUCUUUGUCAGACACAGGAGUUGAAGAAGCUGAUACACAAGGACAUGACACAGACUGGGAAAGAGGGUGGACUGCAUUCCUUUGAACAGGCUAGUCACCUACAUCUAGAAUCUGCCAAGUAUGCACUCAGCAAUCUCAACCCUAACUGUGCCAAGGCCAUAUUCCUGGAGUCGGAGCCAUUCUCCGUGGACAACAACGGUCUCACCCCAACCUUCAAAUUGAGGAGACCUUUCCUCAAGUCAAAGUACAUGGCUACAUUUGUCCAGCUGUACUCACAGCUCCCGUCCUAGUAGACUGCGAGUCUAUACUAACACUGGCUACUCUUAUAGACGGUGUGCAUUGCUCACAUUGUAGUGCGUUACAACUGCUGUUUCUAUUGUUGUGGUUGAUUGUCUUUUCCAUAUAGAGCCCACUGGUCACACAGGUUUUAGUAAAGCAAAGAAGAAUGCACUGUCACAUAGUACAAAAAUAAUAUAGACAGACCGCAAAAAAUUUUAAGAUGCUCUAAAAAACUAUAUAGUACCUAGUGGACCAAUAAAUACUAUGGGUAAAAUACUAGGAACAAUAAUUAUUAUGGCACAAGUAAUACAGCUCUCUAUAAUACAGACGACCAAAUUAACACGAGAAGGGGGAGUGGUUGUUAUGCCAACGUGGCAUGGGAAGGGGCGGGGUUGGGUGUGGCUGGCUGGGAAGGGGUGGAGGCCUGGAGCAGGGAGACGGCGGCCAUGUAGUGUGUGAACUCUUCGAAGCUGACACAACCAUCUUUGUCUUCGUCCAUCUGGUGGAGGAUUCUCUUGACCUGCUCCGUGAACCCUGCACUCUCCAUGCCACUGCUACUGCCGAGGUUAGCAGCAAACUGCUCCAGCUCAGCCAGACUCAGCUGACCGUCUCUGUUCUUGUCGAUGGAGUCAAACACCAGUUUGAUCUGGUUCAUGUCGCUCUCCCCAAUCUUGUCCAGCAGGCUCUUGGAGAUGGAGUCCGAGAGGUCGGUGGGUGGGUCCGGGCUGGGUGUCCUGGCUGCCACGCCCUUUUCCAGUGAUCUGCGAGAUAUUUGCACCCUCCUGCACGCAACAUUCGCACACACUAUACAUCAUAAUAGUAUAUAGAAUGGUUCCCAUCUUGUGUAUAUAGACAAGCUUUCCCCAUUUCACUCCAAACUUUCUUCCCAAGCAACACCAAACAAGAGUAAAAUGAAAAGCACUAAAGUGCAAACCCUCGGCACACUGUGGAACCCAUACACAAGUGUGGCACCACCACAAUUGA